AUCACCAUCCUCAUCAAUCUCACAAUAACAACAACAAAAUGUCUAAAACAUCAAUCCUUUUACCUUUUCUUCUCCUAAUCAUAUUUGUCUCUACAUCUCAAGCAAAUCGUCAACUCUGGGAUGGUGGUUUACUCGGAUCCAAAUCCGGGGUUAAUGGGAUUCCUGGGCUUCAAGGAAAUGUAAAUUGGAUGAAUCCAACACAUACAUGCACAAUGCAAGGACCUUGUCGCGGUAAGAAGCUCACGUGUCCCGCAGCGUGCUACAAAUCAUCCAACGUUAACAAGGAAGGUUAUAAAAGCAGCAGCAAGAGCGGAGGAUGUACAUUUGACUGUACUAAUAAGUGUACCGCCUCUUGUUAAUUUGGACAUAUAUAUUAUAUGUUCUUCCUAUGCUUUAUUAUCUUAUAAUCUAUAUAUAAUCUAUAUAUAUAUAUAUUAAAACGGCAUUUGUAUUGGAGAGUUUGUUUCUCUUUUGUAUGGAUACAUUUUGAUUAGUAGUGUUAUAUCACUCUAUGUACAUAAUAUAUAUACUUAUGACAUAUAAUAUUUUGCGUUUCUCAA